UGGUGCUUCGAAUUCUACACGUCACUGAUCCGCUCGGCGGUCGUCGAGACGGACUGCGUCGAACGUGCCUUGACCUGUAGUUGAAGAGGUGCAUAGUCGAGCACUCCUUCCACCCCUGUGCUCGCAACAUCACUAUGCCCUCUAUUCUGAUCAUCAAUCCAAACUCAACUGAGUCUAUGACCAAAAGCCUUGAGUCUUUGGUGGACUCACUCGGCUUCAGUCAAACAAAGUAUGGCUUCUUCACGGCACCAUCGGGGCCGAAGAGCAUCGACAAUAUGGAGGACGCGGCCGCGAGCACAGCCCACUGUUUGCCUCACCUGGAGCCCCUGCUCAGCCAAUACGACAGCUUCCUCGUCGCAUGCUACUCAGAACACCCACUCAUUCCGGCCCUGAAAUCACAACCCGCCGUCCUGGAGGGUAGGAAGCCCGUCACAGGCAUCUUUGAAGCGAGCAUCAGUGCCAGCCUACAGCUCGUUGGACCCAAACAGCAGUUCGGGAUCAUCACGUCCGGCAAGGCAUGGGAGGUAAUCCUCGCGGACUCAGUAUACAAGUACCUCGGUACCGAGUCCAGCAUCAAGUUCUCGGGCGUCGAGUCGACCGGGUUGAACGCGACGGAUCUGCACAGCGGGUCCGCUGCUGAUGUUGAGAGACGCAUGCUCGAGGCGACGAAGAGGUUGGUGUGGAAGGGCAAUGUAGGGGUAAUCUGCCUUGGCUGCGCGGGUAUGACGGGCUUGACCGAGCUCGUCCGGGAGGUCUGUUUGGCGGAAUUGGGAGACGAAGAGGGCGGAGCGGUUAGGAUCGUGGAUGGCGUGCAGGCUGGGGUCGCAUUUCUGGAGGGAGCUGUGAGGGCUCGGAAUUGAUUACUUUAUACCUGGGCCUCGCUGAUCUGGCUUAUGUGAAUCGCUGCUACAUAUGCUGCUGCAAAGCUAGAGUCUGCAACACUAUAUAGAUGGGUACUUUGUAUGGUGGAAGAUUUGCCGGUGGGGGUGAUCAUGAAGACGCAGGUAUGGUGUAGAGUGACUCAGCUCGGGG